AUGAGCGAUGGUGGCGGAUUGUCGAAAGCCGACAUGUUGGCUGCCGCAAAGAGAAAGGUAUUUCGAAACAAGUUUCAAGAAAUUGUAAUGAACCUUUUAUUUUCAGCUGAAAGAUUAUGAGUCAAAACGAAAUCGUGAUUCUCCCACUUCAAGUGUUAUUUCAUCUGAACCUGCUGGAGGAAUGAAUGGUAGAAGUAGUGGAAUAAGUGAAGAAGAAUCGGUCAGCUCGAACCUGCAUAAUGGUGUCAAAAUUGCAUCGGUAAGUAAGAUAAUAUUCCGAGUAAAGAAGCUUUUUUCCAAAAAAAAAAGACAAAAAACUGUAUUUUUGUGAUAAGAAAAUUCACGUUUUUAAUUUUAAAUAUUUAACAGAAAAUUUCACGUUUUCCACGUGGUAUUUUUCAAAUUUUUAUUUUCAAAUAGAUUUCGCCAUUCCAACAAACAAUGACAAAUGGAAACGAGUGGUAUCAAGCUUAUGCGCAGUUGAAAACGCAACACGAUGAACUUGUGAGUUUUAAAAAAUAUUAAUUCGAGCCAAUUAUAUAUUCAAAAAUAUCAGGUUUCUCACUAUGCCCAACUUCAUUCUGCUUAUUCACAAGUUAAUGAAAAUGGAGUUCAUAUUGAUGCUGAAAAUCAAAUAGUUCAAUUACAAGCUGCUCUUUCAACAAUGGUUGAAGAAAAAUUGGCAUGUCAAACUGAACUUCGACAAUGUAAAGAAGCUAUGGAAAAUCUGAAAAAGAAGCACACUGAAGAAAGUGUGAAGAAAGCGGAGGUUCCAAAAAACGAUGAAGAAAGUUUCGAAGUAAAAAGUUUAUUAGCUAGAAUUGCUGAAAAGGAUGCAUUGCUAUUUGCAAGACAUGGAGAACUCGAAAAUAUAAGAAAAGAGAAUUCAAAUAUUCAAGCUAAUUUAUUAUCUGUUCAACAUGAAAGAAGUGAAGCUCAAGCACGGGUUAAAAGUUUGGUUCGCGAAAAUUCGCAACUUGAACAAAUUAUUCAACAAUGUAGAAAAGAUAUUCAAAUGAAAGAUUUGAAUUUGAAACAACUUGGAGGGGCACAUAAUUUGGCAAAUGUUUCAAACGAAAAUACUCCUCAUGGUAUGAUUUUUCCAUUUUUGAGAUUAAAACAUUUCAAAUUCAUUGUAAAAUUUAAAAAUUAUUUGAAUUCAGAUGAAAAAUAUGAAAUUGAAUUAAUUGAACUUCGAAACGAACGAUCUCGAUUGUUAGCUGAAGUUGCUGCUUUGAAAUCACAUUAUUUGGAACGGGAACAAGCUUUGCAACAAAAACAAAUAGAAUUAGCGGCUCAAUUGGAACAAGUUCAAAAUCAAAGAUUCAGUUCAGAUGAUCGAAUUCAAACACUCGAACAUCAGUUACAUUGGGCUAAUGCGGUCAGUUUUCAGCUAAUUUUUUAUUUGUUAUUUAUUUAUAAACUUGUUUCAGGAAGUUGAAAAAUUGCGAGCUGCUUCUAUUCCUACUCAAUCUGUUGAAGAAUCUAUUCAGAUUAUCACUGAAGAAGAGGUUGUUAAACGUAUUCGAGAAGCAAUUCAUGCAGAAACUCGAAAAUGGGAGAAGAAAUUGGAAGAUGAGCAAACACACAGAGAAGAAGAAAUUCUUGAUAAAGAUCGAAUUAUUUUUGAAAGAGAACAAAGUUUGGCUGAAGUUGAAAUGAAAUAUCGAUUAUUAGAAGAAAGAACUCUUGAAACAACAACAAAUGGAGCUGAUCUUUUGUCAUUGUCUGAACAAUUGCAAAAUGAAAAAGCAACUGUUUCUCGUGCUGUUGCCCAAAAUCGAGAAUUGAAAUCGCAGUUGAUUGAAACAGAAGAUCGAUUGAUUGCAUUGACAGAAGAAAAAGCAAAAAUUGAAUUGGAAAAACAAUCAGCAGAACAUCAAGUUAAAGAAUUGAUAAAACAAUUGAAUUUGGAAAGUGCUGGAUUAGUCACAAAUAUUUCUGAAGUUAUCGCAUCUCAACCACAUUUGAAUUCAGAAACUCCAAGAGAUGAGAACAGUUAGUGUUUUUUUUUAAUUUUUUUCAACAGAUGAUAUAUUUCAGAUUCUCUCAAUAAAAACAGUUCAGAUGAUAGUAUCGCCGAAUUUGUUGCCAAAAUUCAAUCACUUGAAUUAGAAAACGCGAAUUUGCGAGGAAACUUGGAGAAUUCAUCAGCUGCUUUGCAACAAGUUCGAGCUGAUCUUCGAAGAAGUAAUACACAAAAUGAACAAAUGGAUGAAAUAAUGAGACAAAAUGCUGAAGAUGAAAAUCAAAAUUCAAUUCAUGUUGAAUUGACACAAGCAAUCGGAAGAGUUAAUGAUUUAGCAGCUGAAAAUGAACAACUUCGAGAAGCUAUUAAUGAUUUGAGUGUCCAAUUGAAUGAAGAAAGAAGUCGAGUUGUUGAAUCGGAGAAAAAAUUAGAUGAAAUUGAGAGAAAUCGAAAAGAUGAGAAUGAAAAACCGAAAGAGAGUAAAGAAUUGAAUCAAGAAGAUCUUUGGGCUCACAAAGAAUUGGAAAAAAGAUUUGCUCGCGCAAUGUUGCAAAAUGCUGAAUUAUCAGAAUCAAUUGAUAGAUUAGAACAUAUCAAUCAACAAUUAGAAUUGGAAAAUGAUACAAUUGCUGAUCAUGUUAUUUUAUAUCAACAUCAAAGAAAAUUGAUUCGAGAAAGACUUCGUGUAAAAGAUGAACAAUUAAGAACAAUGGAAGAAGAUCGAACUCGAACUGUUGCAAGAUGUCAAGAAUUACAAAAUGUUCUUAUGACCGUUUUGAAUAAAGGAGGAAUAUUGAAAGAAUAUGAAACGAAUUCGUUAGCAAGAAAAGCAGCUCGGAGAUUAUCAAGAAGUUAUAGUCACAGUACUGUAGAUGAAUUGAGUGGUGAUGAAGAUAUGAUUGUUGAUGCAAAAAUGGAAGAAAUUCCUAGUCGAAGUUUGGAUCAUGCAAAUAUUCAUGGACAAAAAGCAAAUCAUUCAAAACAAGAAAUUGUUGAGACGGAAACUGGUGCAGUUUCACCUGCUAGAAGUUUAUCGCCAUUGUUGGAAGGGUGAGUUUUUAAAGGAAGGGGCUGGAAAAUUUCUGAAUGAAAUUUUUAUCCCAAUUUCAAAUAAUUUUUGAGUGUUUCAACUUUUAAUCUCAAAUUCAGUUUUCCUAGAAAUUUUCCCAAUUUUUAGACAGUUAUGAGUUUUUGAAAAAUAUACAUAGAAAACCCCCGCCCUAAUUUUUGUUCUAAAUAUUCUGUCCUGCUUUUCAGAUCACCAUUAGAACAAGAUGCAUCGGUCCGUCGAAUUUUGGAAAUAAUUUCGGAUAUUUCGGUUAGUUAAUUUUUCAAUAUUUCUUGCACAUUAGUUGGUUUACAGCGUCCACAACCAGUUUUAAAUGGCCAAUUACAUUGUACACAAUGUAUUGGAGAUUUGCAAGAGCUGUGA